AUGAUGGAGCAGCUUGCUGAACGUAGGAUGCAACGUGAAGAAGAAGCAAAUGCUGUUGCUACUGGCCAUACUAUGAAUAUGUCUGUAGGUCAAGGUCAUAUACCACACACACAUACUCAGUCGCAAGAGUAUGAGGACGAAGAGGAAUAUGAAGAGGAUGAGGAUGAGGAAGGGGAGUACGAGGAGGAUGAAGAGGACGAGCCGGAUACGAUGACCGAAGAGCAACGCAUGGAAGAAGGUCGGAGGAUGUUCCAAAUAUUUGCUGCUCGAAUGUUCGAACAACGGGUUCUUACGGCUUACCGGGAAAAGGUUGCACGUGAGAGGCAAGACAAACUUUUGGAGGAACUUGACGAGGAGGCUCAGCUUCGGAUUCAACGUGAGGAAAAGAAGGCGAAGGAAAAGGAGCGGAAAAAGGAGAAGAAACGUCUCCAAAAGCUGGCCAAGGAGGAGGAGCGGCUUAAGAAGGAGGCGGAGAAGGCUGCGGAAGAAGCUAGACUCCGGGCAAUUGAGGAGAAGAAGGCGGAGGAAAAUAGGAAACGAAAAGAAGAGCAAAGGUUGAAACGGGAUGCUGAGAAGAAGGCGGCAGAGGAGGAACGUCGUAAAAAGGAGGAGGAGAGGAGAAAGCGCCUCGAAGAGGAGCGGGAACGAGAGGCGGAGCGAGAACGGAAGCGUAAGGAGCACCAAGAACGGGAGCGUAAGAAAAGGGAGGAAGCCGCAAAAAAGGCAAAAGAGGAAAAGGACGCUCGGGACAAGGAGGCCAGGGAGAAGCGAGAGCGGGAUGAACGAGAGAGGAAAGAGAGAGCAAGGAAGAAAGAGGCAGCAGAUCGUGAGAAUGCAAGGAAGGAAGAGGAGGAAAGGUCAAAAGCCGAGGCCCUUGCAGCUGCUACAGCUGCAGUCAAACGUCCACCCCCUGUUUCGGUACCGGCAUCUAUACCUCAAGUAUCGCAACACCCACCUGGUAGUUUUAGUUCCCCUCACCUAUCCAUUGCAACACCCGCCCUACCCAAACAGCCUGUCGGGCCUUCACCUGCUCGUUCUCGAAAUGCCUCCCAGCAGGGCUCUAUCCAGGGAUCCGUGGCGUCUUCGCCCAAGACUCCUCAGGCGGUUCCGAGAAUGGGCCCCUCUGUGUCGCCUAGUACGCCUAUCUUACAGCAUAAUAUACCUGGUCCAAUUAUCCCCUCAAAUAAGACAUUCCAGUUCCCACCCCACAUACCUCAUAUGGUGCCUACCUCACCAUUACCUCAUCAUAUUGCACCACCCCCAGGAGUCCCACCGCCCGAGGGCUUCCCUAUAUCCCCCAUUGGAGUCAACAAUCCCAUGAACCCCUUCCUCCCCGGGCUUCAGCGAGGACCACCUUUCCCAAAUGGAAUGCCAAUGUACUCUCCUGCCCAAAUGCCGUUGAGUUCCGCCUCUCAAUACCGUGGGUUCGCUGCGCCAAACGGUAUGCAAAUGCAAGUUCCAGCGACACCAGGCAUGAGGCCACUUCCUCAGCAAGGGCGUGGCAUUUUUGUGGCAGAGAUUGCUCCCGGAAUGCCGCCUCAACUUUCUCCAGGGGUUCCAUUAAUUGCACCAGGGUCACCAUUCAUGAAUAACCGUGCGGAACCUGUUCCCAUACCAGGCAACCAUUCCCACAACCGGGCGCUUUCUGGUUCCUUUGAUCCAAUCCAACACCCGACGCCUAUUCAACGACCCUCUAGCGUAGCCCCACCAAAGAGCUUGGAUGACAAUCGCAAUAGCAUUGACGAGCUCUCCAAGGUAAUGGGAAGCCGCGCAUUACUGGAAGACGACGAUGAAGGUCAUUUGACAGAGAACCAAUCGCCUAACCGACGCACGAGCGGAGUUGGGUUUUCACCUCUGCCCACACGAACUGUACCGGUACCGUUCUUUGAUUCUAGGGUCGAUGGACUCAAUAUCCCUGUUCCGUCUUGGACGAACCCAGCUCCCCUGGGAACAAUUUCCAAUUCCCUCCCUAAUACAUGGGCAAGUGGUGCUGGAUGGUCUGAUACCGACGCCGCGCGAAGUACUUUCAAUCGCCGCCGGAUUAAUAGGGUUGAUCACAUCCGGGCUUUAGCGUGCAAAAAAUGCCGCGAAUUAGGAGGAGAGAACAAUAACUUUGUUGAAGUCUCUACCCUGUUGAGAGCCAUGGAACAAGUAUCCCAUCCGGACAUGCAAAUCCUCAUGAAGGAUCUUGCUGAAAUCCUAGACAUUGAAGGGGAUGAACUCAAUGGUGGUGGAAUCCUUGCGGUGACGCACGACACGGAUGGAAGGACAUUGGUUCGGUUUGAAGGUGGUGAGUUAUUUGGUGUUGAUGGCGCUCCAUUGCACCAAGCGCCUGGGGCGCCCGCUAGUUCUGGCUUUCACGGGGUGCCUGGUGAGAUUGGUUCCCCAAAUGCGGGCAACGCAAGUCCAUUCAAACCGGUCCCACCUCCGGGCAUGAUGGUCAGUCCUAACCCCUCUGGAUUUUGACGAGUUUUACCACAAUCUCUGGGGCCAUUUGGGGGUCCUUUGGUUACAUUUUUUUCUUUUUCGCUUACUUCAAACUUGCUUUCUCUUUUCUUUCCUUUUACGGUGAUUGGGCUGGGGUUUUAUGAUUGCUGGUAGCAUUGGAAGAAGGGGCGGCUCUGAAUUGAAUAACUUUAAACAUU